GGGGACAGCGCGCCGCCACCAGCCAGGGCCCCGGGCCCCCUCCCCGCACCUGAGUCCCGCCGGCCCUGCGCCGCGCCGCGCCGCCCAUGGCGCCCCCGCUUGGAGCCCCCCGGAGCCACCCGGACGCCUGAGCCCCCGGAGCGCUCUCCCGUCGACCCGCCCACCCAUCAGCCCACCAGGCGCCCUCGCCCGUCGCUCUCCCGGGUUCCCCGGCCAUGUCGCCCGCCCGGCUCCGGCCCCGACUGCGGUUCUGCCUGCUCCUGCUGCUGCUGCUGGUGCCGGCGGCACGGGGCUGCGGGCCGGGCCGGGUGGUGGGCAGCCGCCGGCGGCCGCCGCGCAAACUCGUGCCGCUCGCCUACAAGCAGUUCAGCCCCAACGUGCCCGAGAAGACGCUGGGCGCCAGCGGGCGCUAUGAAGGCAAGAUCGCGCGCAGCUCGGAGCGCUUCAAGGAGCUCACUCCCAACUACAAUCCCGACAUCAUCUUCAAGGACGAGGAGAACACGGGCGCCGACCGCCUCAUGACCCAGCGCUGCAAGGACCGCCUGAACUCGCUGGCCAUCUCCGUGAUGAACCAGUGGCCCGGCGUGAAGCUGCGGGUGACUGAAGGCUGGGACGAGGACGGCCACCACUCGGAGGAGUCCCUGCAUUAUGAGGGCCGCGCAGUGGACAUCACCACGUCCGACCGCGACCGCAAUAAGUACGGACUGCUGGCGCGCUUGGCAGUGGAGGCCGGCUUCGACUGGGUGUAUUACGAGUCCAAGGCCCACGUGCAUUGCUCGGUCAAGUCCGAGCACUCGGCCGCGGCCAAGACUGGUGGCUGCUUCCCUGCCGGAGCGCAGGUGCGCCUGGAGAGUGGCGCACGCGUGGCCCUGUCAGCCGUGAGGCCGGGAGACCGGGUGCUAGCCAUGGGGGAGGACGGAAACCCCACCUUCAGCGAUGUACUCAUUUUCCUGGACCGCGAGCCCGACAGGCUGAGGGCCUUUCAGGUCAUUGAGACCCAAGACCCUCCACGGCGCCUGGCGCUCACCCCAGCCCACCUGCUCUUCACGGCCGACAAUCGCACAGAGACAGCAGCCCACUUCCGGGCCACGUUCGCCAGCCACGUGCAGCCUGGCCAGUACGUGCUGGUGGCCGGGGUGCCAGGCUUGCAGCCUGCCCGGGUGGCGGCUGUCUCUACCCACGUGGCCCUCGGGGCCUACGCCCCCCUCACGAGGCACGGGACGCUGGUGGUAGAAGAUGUGGUCGCUUCCUGCUUCGCGGCUGUGGCUGACCACCGGCUGGCUCAGUUGGCCUUCUGGCCCUUGCGACUGUUCCACAGCUUGGCAUGGGGCAGCUGGACCCCGGGGGAGGGUGUGCACUGGUACCCCCAGCUCCUCUACCGCCUGGGGCGCCUCUUGCUGGAAGAGGGCAGCUUCCACCCACUGGGCAUGUCUGGGGCAGGGAGCUGAGAGGACCCUGCCACUGCUCUCUGGAACUGCCACGCUGGGUCCCAAGACCCCCCUUGCCAGGAGAGAGCCCUGGCCCCGGAAGAGACCUGAGCUGGGGGCACUGGUCCCCACCAUCUCUUGCACCCCCUCCCCCCAGAGAUACACCAUUGACCUGGACUGGACACCGCCAGCAUGCCCCGCCCCCUUGCCACGUGGUGUAGCAAUAGAGCCGUCAGCUGAGCUGGCAAGGGCAGCGGGGUGGGGGGGGCGACUGUCCUAUCAUAGACACCUUGAGGCUGGCCCAGUGGCUCACAACCCCGCCAGCUCUCACUCUGGCUUUUCACACCCUGCCUCGUGCCUUCCGUCAAACGCCAGCUCCCUCUGGCCUUUCCUGGGACCUGGUUUCUGACCGCAGGAUGAAGAGGUUCUGCCCUCAUGUGGGCUUGCACCCCAGUUGAUGCUGCUAGAGUGCCUGGGAGCCAGCAGGGAGCUGGCUGGACUCAUUGCCGCCCAGAACCAAGGAGGCCCCAGGGGCGGGGCAGCCAGGCUGGCCGUCCCAAGGCAGGACCUCCUCCCUGGCUACACUCCUCCAAGCACAACCCGAGACUUGCUGGCAGCCGGCAGAAUUUCUGUGUUCAGGCCGAUGUGACCCGAGUGCCUGCGAAGGGAGUGGGGGGGUCCACAUGUCCUUGCCACCCUCGCCCAGGCUAAGCUCCCUUUUCUGCUGAACCAUGACCCCUACCCCCUCCUCCGGUCAGUCUCCCCCACCUUAUUUAUUGGCACGGAGGGGGGAGCCCAUGGGAAUAUUGGGGGGUUGUUUUGGCCUUUUCUUCUUUUUGUAAUAAAAAUUAUUUAAGUUGGUAGA